AUGAAGCCUAUCGCCGUUCUCGCUACAAUGGCAGCUGUCUUCUCGACCGCUACCGAAGCCAGGGCCUGCACCCAGGGACUCAAGUACUGCAGCUUCAACCUCUUGAAAAUCGGCAAAUAUUCAGGGGACUACUACAAUGAGAUUGAAGCUGAGCUUAAGAGGAAUGGGCUUCAUAACUCAUACUCAUAUGUACGGAAUUCUCUUUUCAGAUGUGCUAGUGAUGGGUGGAUUGUGUUUGAAUCUUAUUGCGGCGUCUGUAUCGAUGGCGGAAGUGGAAAGAGUGAUCGAUGCCCAACAGGCAUUGGCAAAUAA